UGAACAAUUUCACGCUAUCCAUGUGGGCAAAGCAACGUGAAGUAUGAAUAGAUGGAUCAUUUUUUUUUUAUUUUUUUAGUAAAAAAGGCAAUUAAAUUUAAUUGGUUUUAUGAAAAUAAAUAAUAAAGUAUGUUAUUUAAUAUUUUGUUAUGGAAUGAGCCAAUUGGCACGUGAAAGGUUCAAUUCUCCAACGGUCAAGAAGCACCGAAUUCAAACUCCGAAGUCCCAACGGUCACUUUAUCUCUUCCUACAGUACUUCAAAUGAUCAUAACAAUCCCAUCUCCCUCCAAUUGAGAAGUAAGAAACCCUGGUAGGUGAAGUGAAGAAAUCUUGAACAAGGAAGGAAAUGGAGGGUUCUAAAAAAGGCUUCUCUCCAUCAAAAGCUGCUGCAAGUCCCAAACACUCAUCUACUGGGGAGAAUAAUGAGAAUGAUUCAAGUCAAGAUCAAAUGAUUCCCAAGUUUCAAAACCACAAGGAAGUGUGUGGAAAGAAUUUCAUGUCACCCACAAUAUCUGCAGCUUCCAAGGCUGCACCUCCAAGAAAGAAAAUCUUAGCUGAUAGGAAUGAAAAUUCAACCCCUUGUGAUGCUCAAGUUCACAAAAUGUCCAAUUUUGAGAUGAAAAGAAGUCCCAGAAAUUCAAGUGUUAGUCACUUUGAUCGAUCCCCAUCUGGGGUUGUUUCGUUGCAGAAUAAUUCAUGUGAGCCUAGUGAUGAUGAGGAUACGAAUCUUUUAGGUGAUUUGUCUUCAAAUGUUUAUGACCCUGUGAAGAAUUACCUCUCCCCAAGGCCUAAGUAUUUGCGUUUUAAUCCGAACAGGAGGCGUGAGAUUUUAGACAGGCUAGAAAAAGAGGGCAGAGAGGACUUGAUUAGCUCCGUUGACUCUAAGGAGGUUAGUGGUGAAGAAGGGUCAUCAGCACAAGAAAUUAAAAACUCUUCUUUUUCCCCUCCUGAAGAAAGUGUUGUGAAGCUGAAGAAUGAUGAAGAGGAUGAAAUUAUUGGUGAUGAUUGUGAGGAGGACGAGGAAAAAGAAGUUGAGAUUAUCAGUGAUGAUUGUGAGGAGGACGAGGACGACGAAGAAGAAGUUGAAGAGGAGAGAAGAUGGUGUCUCAAAGGAAUAUUAAAAAUUGUCCUUACUUUGAUUGCUUGUUUAUUUUCAACCUCAUACAUUUGUUCUAUGAACUCUCCAACUCCUUCACCAACUCAGCGAGCUAUUUGGAAUCUAAAAGACGGUUAUCUUAUGAUCAAGAACCAAACACUUGAAGUCAUCAUUAUGAAAAUGCAUGAUUCUGGUUCAUUGGGAGUGGAAGAUGGAGAUAAUUAUGGUGAGGUUGAGGAGGAAGAAAUUGAUGAAGAUGAUAACGGGGGAACUGAAGAGAGAGUUGAGGUAGAAAUGGUUGAAGAUGAUUUGGAAAAUUUGGAGGUACGUGAUGAGGAGGAGGUUGUUGGAAAUGUGUUUGGGGAUAGUGAAGAUAAAACUGAAAAGGCUGGUGAGUUUGAAUUUGAAGCUGGGAAGUUUGAGCAAUUGACAGGUGCAAAAACGGAUGAAAGUGUAGAUGGUGGUAGUUUUCCUUUGGAUUUGGAUGGGGAUGUAGAGUUUUCUUAUUCAGAUCUGAAUGAGGAUACUGUCCCUGACGUUGAAGCAGCAGUAACUGAUAUUGUAGGGGAUGGUGAGGUUGAGCCUGAAACAGAGAUCUUUGGGCAAUUGGUAGGAGCACAAACUGCUAAAAGUCAAGAUGCUGAUGAGUUAGAUAAGGAAGUAGAGGCUUCCAAUCAGCUGCAGGAGCUUGAACUUGCAGUGAAAUCUGUUCCUGAGGAGGAAACACCACAAGAGCCAAAAGGGGUUGUGGAAUCACUAGACGAACUUGUUGGAUCGCAUGAAAAGUUGACGGAUUCUGGAGAUGAAAUCGGAUCUGAUCAUGAAGUUGAAAUUGAGAAAGCGGGAUGGAACACCUCAGCUGUUGUUGGAGUUUCUGUAGCAUCCAUAAUUUUAACACCACUGGCCUUGAUAUAUCAUUCAAUGAAAGGAAGAAACAUAUCUGAUGAAGAAUCUGAACCUGUGCCAAAGCCACAUAAGUUUGCAGUGAAGGAGAAAACAGCCCCAGUGCUGCCUUCUAUGCAGAGGAAAAUCGAGUUCUUCGCUAGACCUACAGCAUCUCAGGUAAUAGAAGAAGCUCCUGCAAUCAAUUCCCACCACAUCCACGCACCAACCGUUGAGUUGAUCGGAGAAAUUGUCGUUGGACAAGUGAGCAGCCUUAGAAGCUGUGGUAGCAAGUAUCAGAUAACUGAAUCUGAAGAGAGUAAUGCCACUUUUUUCCCCAAGCACGGUUGGUUAUCUCAACCGCUUGUGGCUCCAACUCCACCGUCUGCACUUGAGUCUACUACUAAUUCACUUUCAUAUGGAAGCUUUACAACUGAGAAGAAGAUGUUGAAGAAAGAGGGAGGCAGAAGUCGAGAUGCCACAACCGAAGUUACUCCAGUCAGGCGAUCCAGUCGACUCCGUAAUCGUGCAACAGUGAUGUCUCCAUGAAUUCUGAUCAGUCUAGGAUCUUUGGUUCUGAAACAGCAUCCUCGGUUGUUUCUGAAACCACACUCCCUCUUCCACUGAACUAGGUUCAUUGACUACUAAUGUAACUUAGUUGCUGUGCCUGGAUUCUUUAGGAACUAACUGUUUGAUUAUGUUAAAUGGCACUCAUUGAUCUAAUUUUCAUUACAGUUGCUUGUCAAACUGGCUGUUCUCAUUCCCUCCCUUCCAUUCUUGCCUUUUCUUUUUUUUGUGAUAUUACUGAUAUCAUUUCAUAGUGCAAUAAUCUCCAACAACAGUGGACUAAACCAGAUCAUUGGAAUCACUUUUUAUGUGCCUUUGAUGCUUUCUGUGCCAUUUUGUAUACACAAAGUGGGGCUAAAAAGUUAAAUCAAGUGCUAAAUUUUGAACUUUUCAAACAUCUUAAAUACAAGUCAUAGGGUAUUUAACUUCUGUACUUUUUACCUUAGAAUGGAAGAAAAAUCAGAAAACUCACCACAAAACUUGUUAUUUACAAUCUCUCUCUCUCUCUCUAGUAUUCCAAAUUCUUGUGUAGAGCAGUGAGAGGGGGCUUGCUGGUAACAAAACUCCCUCUUUUACUGAGAAAUGAUGAGAAAGAAGAACCCCUUGUAGUUUUCUUGGAUAUAAUGGGCUUAGGGAGAGUAUAAGGCUUGUAGCUAUUAUUCAAGCCAGUCCCAUAGCUCUUUGAAGCCUUGAGAUGAUGCC